AUGACCAUGAUUUCCCAGCAGACGUUAUCGUGUAAGUAUAGGUGAGGCAUGGGCGCAGAGACCUGGAAUUAACCCAGCUUGGCGUCAUCAGUCUCCAGCUACUUACCCACACAGCUUGGAAACAAAAAAUAGCCGUGUUUCAAGCCAGAUCGAAACCUGCCAUGCUAAAUAUGGACCUUGUUGUUUAGCACUGAACUUCAUCGAAGUUUCAUCCCGCCUUCGACGACAAGCUAGCGAGUCGACAAGAACAAAAAUCGAACAUGAUCAGAUGGAGUCUGUAUUCAAUUGAAAGGGGAUGGGGCGCCUAUGAGGCUGGGCACUAAGUAUACUGAUGCCUGACGGAUUUUCUCAUGCCAACUAGUACCUAGGGCUGCGCAGACCGACCGAAAGGAUGGAGUCCUGAAAUUUAUCUUUCUUUUCCUCCCCAUACGACAACGACAUGGUUGGGCUUUUCUGGAGACAGUUUGGGGCGCUGUUCUGGAAGAAUUGGAUCGUAUUGUCGAAACAUCCUUGGCUGAACAUUCUACGAUGUUUUAUCUUACCUGUUGCUUAUGGCAUAUUCCUUGCAGUUGCUCAGAUCUUCUUGAAUAAACCAAAUAAUUAUGGCUUAGGGACUGCUGUGCCUGUGAGAGAACUCAGGGAUGUCUUCGACGGCUCGAUAUCGCUCGUCUGGGCAGACGGUACUAACGGGACUGCUUCGCCUUCGCCGAACGACAUCAUAGCACAUAUUACGAGGGGCUUCUCUGACCGACAGCUCUCCGCCGUGCGAAAGGUCGACACGCCAGACGAUAUACCCGCUACAUGCCCGCAGAACUUCAACCUGUUUUCUGAGUGCUUUGCGGCAGUUGCUUUCAACUCCUUUCCUACAGCAGAUACCAGUGACACCCGGCCGAUCAACUACACCCUACGCGCAGAUGGAGGGUUGUUCCAUAUUGACGUAGUUCGUCAUACAAGUGACUACGAAUUGCGAGUCUUGCCGUUACAAUGGGCUAUUGACAGAGCUAUCAUCGAGCUUCGGACAGGAGACCAAGUGCCAACGCCCUUAGAAUGGCCCUUUACUCAAGAAACUAAUGAUGAGCAAUUCACAGCCAUUCGGUUGAGCUACAUCCGAGGUCUUCGUACACUCCUGGUUUUGGCUUUGUUCAUAUGCUACAUCGGAAUAGCUUACCAGCUUCCUGGCUCCUUCAUGGGCGAACGAGCCAAUCUUCUAACAAGCCACCUGAAGGCAAUGGGGCUACUCGACUCUGCUCGGAUCCUCUCCUGGCAUCUCAGUAUAUCCCUCGCCUACCUUCCCGCCUGGGUGAUUGUCUCACUCAUUUGGCACUUCCGCAUCUUUUCACGUACCAACGCCGGGCUCGUAUUCAUAGUCCAUCUUUUGCUCGGCCUUGUACUCGCAAGCUGGUCUUUCUUUAUCGCGGUUCCGUUUGGCAAGAGUCCGCAAUUAGCUGCGGUUACAUCGACAAUCUUGGCGAUCGUAUUUGCGAUUCUGGCACUUGUGUUCAGUCGCGCUUCGACUGGAGCUGCGUUCAUAUUCUCAAUUAUAUUCCCACCUGGUUUCUACAUCUUUGUCAUUCGUGCGAUCUGUGGGUUUGAGGAUCACCAAAUACCCACAAAUGCACUGAAUCCGGAUCCAGACAAUCGCCUACGUAUUCUACCGAUUCUCGUUGCUGCUAUAAUCAAUGUGUUCCUCUGGCCAUGCCUUGCUGUGCUACUUGAGCGUCGUCUGUAUGAUGCACGAAACCCAAGUACGUCACGCUGGAAAUUCUGGCGACGAAGAAGGCAGAGUCAGAGUGAGGUCACAAUGCCCAUCCCGUCUGACGUUGCUGUCUCGAUUCGCCAUCUUGGCAAGGACUUUGAUACCUCCAUCUUUAACCGAGGUAAAGGCGUUGUCACUGCAGUGUCUGACCUCAGCCUUGACAUACCCAAGUUCGGAAUCUACGUACUCCUGGGCUCCAAUGGUGCUGGGAAAUCUACCACAAUGUCCAUUCUUGGUGGUCUCUUAGGCCGAACACGCGGUUCAGUCAAGUUCGAAGGCAACGUUGACCGCCCUCCUCGAGGCACCAUAGGCAUCGUGCCUCAAAAGAAUGUCCUAUUUCCCGAACUAACAUGUUAUCAAACUUUGCGGCUUUGGCGUGCUAUCAAAACGCCGGACCAACGUAUUGGCGAGGACGAUGAUAUCGAACAGCUCUUGAAGGAUUGUGAUCUCGGGAAGAAGAUACAUUAUAACGCGGAUGCGCUUUCUGGUGGACAGAAAAGAAAACUACAGCUUGCGAUCGGGCUGAUCGGUGGUUCAAAGAUUGUUUUGGUAGAUGAGUGCACCUCCGGCGUGGACCCUCUUUCUCGGCGGUCAAUAUGGCGGACGUUAUCUUCAGUACGGCACAAACGAACAAUCGUGUUUACGACACACUUCCUGGACGAAGCUGAUCUAUUGGCAGAUACGAUCGCAGUACUUGCUGCUCCUGGAAAGCUCGUUGCGCAUGGCUCUCCUGUUUCCCUCAAGUCGCAGUUUGGUCAUGGCUAUACCGUCGAUGUUGCCUUCCACGAUGUAUCCAACGGCGAGAAGGCAUUAGUUCAUCCUUCUAACGAUCUGCUAGAUCGCAUUCGGACGAUAGCACCACAAACCUACACUUCGUCAUCAUCACCAACUCAAGUGUCCUACCAUCUGAAGGCUAAGGACCCCGCCGUUGUGCAGCGUGUUCUCCAACUUGUAGAUGAUGAGCGAGGAACGUACAACAUUGCCUCAUACUCAGUGCUAGGGACAUCCAUCGAAGACAUCUUCUUAGAUUUGAUGCACAAUGACACCCAAUCGGAUGAUCUGGAGAAGCAGGACGAUGCGUCUACGCCAUCUCUUGCUGCAGUCUCUCCGCCACUGAAAUUAACAAACGGUCGCAAGCGAUCACCGUUGAGUCAGGCCUUCACCAUCUUCCACAAACGGGCUCUUGUGGCUCGCCGGAGCUGGCUCACACCGUUCCUUGCGGUCCUUGUCGCGGUUGCAGGGUCCUGUAUACCUCUGUUCUUCCUUUCCGAUCGACCGCAAAGCUGCACAGCGACGUUCAGGUCUGUCUCUGCAGUCCCACUGUACCUGCCGUCUUCACCAUUGCUUUUGACAAGCACGCUUCCUGGUUCUCAAUUUGAAGUAUUGACAUCACCUCCUGGAAUCCUUUCGGGCCUCGGUCCAUCUGCCGCGAUCCUUCCCGUUGCCAACAUCCCCGACAACGCAACAUUUGUCAAUACCAUAGAGCAAACAUUUCUUGACCAAUCAUUUGGAGGGAUAUCCAUCGACCCCCAGAGUGGAUCUGCCUUAGUCGCUUGGGAGGCUACACCUCCCGGAAUGAAUGGACUUAUAUUACUGAACCUUGCCUCGAACGUCCUAUACAACCAAGCACUGAAUUCUUCUGGACAAUCAACUGGAAAUGCCAGUUUGAUUGCUGCGAAUUAUCAGAACUUCCCAGGGAUUAGUGCUGGCACUCUGGUCGCUUUGAAAUGGGUCGCUUUCUUUGGCGCAGCUAUGUCUGUAUUCCCCGCCUUCUUCUCUCUAUACGUCUCGAAUGAACGGCGUUCUGCAGUACAAGCCAUGCAACUGUCGAAUGGCCUGGCAGACCCCGUCGGGUUAUGGCUAGGACAUAUCAUGUUUGAUUCUGUCUUCUGUAUCAUACCUGCUACUCUCAUUGUCAUUAUUGUCGCUGGAGCCUCCAAUCAAUUUCAUGGUCUUGGUUUCUUGUGGCUCAUCUUGGUUUUGUAUGGCAUUGUUGGAACACUCUUCUCAUAUUGCGUUUCACUCAUGGUGGCUUCGCCACUGGCCGCUUUCGCGGCAUCUGCUGGAUACCAAAUCAUCAUGUUCAUACUUUACCUGGCGGCCUACCUCUUGGUCUUGACGUAUUCGAAGACGUCCAAUGCUGGUCGCGACUUGGUAGUCAUACAUUACACGCUAUCUAUCCUCUCUCCUGUGGCCAGCGUGCUACGCGCAGCCUUCGUUUCUGUAAACUUGUUUUCGCUUCUUUGCGAUGGAAGUAAGCCCGUAACGUCAUCAUCUAUGGGGCAAAUCUCUCGUUAUGGCGGACCCAUCCUCUACCUUUUUGUUUACGGGUUUAUACUAUUCGGCGUCCUCGUCUGGGUUGAUUCAGGCUCCAUUUUUUCCCGUAGAAAAGUCGCAAUACAGACAGCUGCAAACAUCCCAGCGGGAACCGAGACCGAUUCUGACAGUACGAAGGACGUGUUGAAGGAAGCAAUUUCAGUAACGAAGUCGUCAGAAAUUCUCCGUGUUCUUGGUGUUGAGAAGUCCUUUGGCGAUAAUAAAGUUGUCGACAACGUCACCUUUGGAGUCGGUAAAGACACUGUGUUCGCGCUACUAGGUCCGAAUGGCGCCGGAAAGACAUCCACAUUCAACAUCAUUCGUGGAGAUAUUGUUCCUGACCAAGGCGACGUCCUGAUCAAUAGCAUUUCGGUCGUCCAUCACCCACGAUCUGCCCGACUUGCUCUCGGUGUUUGCCCUCAGUUUACUGCCAUAGACACACAGUUGACUGUCCGGGAACACCUCCUUAUUUAUGGACGUCUGAAGGGUCUGUACAGGGGUGAAGAGUUGCGACGGAAUGUCGAGGAUUUGAUGCAGGCCACUUCACUAUAUAUUUACGCCGAUAGAUUGGCGAGUAAGUUAUCCGGAGGUAAUCAAAGAAAACUAUCGUUAGCUAUCGCCCUAAUCGGUAAUCCUGCUUGUGUUUUGAUCGACGAAUUCUCGACCGGUAUCGAUGCGAAGAUGAAGAGAGAAAUGUGGAAGACGCUAUGCAAUGUGGCUGUAGGGAAGGCAGUCGUGAUCACAACUCAUUCAAUGGAAGAAGCUUCAGCGCUUGCCACAAAAGUUGGUAUACUAGCAAAGCGAAUGCUUGCCAUUGGAAGCACGGAGGACCUUGCUUCACGUUAUGCGACGUAUGAAGUACAUUUCUCAUGUAGAAGCCGAGAGGACGUUGUGCGAACCCAGGAGCUCAUGUCUCAAGUACCCGGAUCUCGUAUGGCUGACGACGUUGCGACGCGGUUCGAGGUACCCAUUGGUUCGCAAAUGCCUCUUCCACGACUCUUCUCCAUUUUAUCUGCCUCAAACUCUAUUUCCGAGUUUGCGGUGGAGCGUGCUUCGCUCGAGAGCGUAUUCUUGAAGGUCAUCAGAGAGAACGAUGUGCUUGAAGAAGAUCGGCACGGUAAGAGCCGUAGAUGGCGAUGUUGCUGACCUCAAUUUAUCAAUGCAUAUUUUUGUCAAUACAUUUGGAAUGCAUCACACCAACUUGUGGGUGAUAUGGCUGCCAUGGUUCCCGUAUGAUGUGGAGUUGGCCAGGAUGUGGAAACAACAAAUCAUGCUAUCAGUAAACAGGCUCAGCAUAAACAUUUUGAACUACGGCGCAAUGCAAUCGUGUGGAAUUUGGAUUGCAAAAUGAUAUGUGGCAGCCUUGUUCAAUCCAACGCCGCCGUCAGAACUCAACCUAUUGCGAUAUCAUACUUUCUAUAAACACCUGUAUGAGCGCAGUUUUCAAAGCGCUCUGAAGAGGCAAUACCUUCCC